GCUAGGAGAGAAGGACGCCAUUUUUCGGGAGACGACGAACAAAGACAGCAGCAAUAUUUUAGCGAAGAACGGUGGCAAAAGUGAUAGAAAAGUGUGAGAGCAUUGAGAAUCGUAUCAUACCACUAAAUGCUUGAAACGAAACAAAGAAAUUAAAGCUGAAUUACAGGAAAAAGUGGUAACAUUUCGAGGGACGUGUUUGCCUAAAAAAAAAUCGUAAAACGAAAAAUUGAAACUUCUAAAUAGGUAUGAAGGACGAAAUCAAAAGUGCUGUGGACUUUCUUACAAACAUCUUACGCUCAAGAGAUAAUGUAAACGAAAAGCAACGAAACGAGUUUAAUACAAUUUUGAGGAACUUGUUGAGCGCUCGAUUCCAGGGACAUUGGUUUCCGCAAAAUCCCAUGAAAGGGAGUGGCUACAGAUGUAUUCGAUUGAACCACAAUAUGGACCCCCUUAUUCUCCAAGCUGGAGAAACUUGUGGACUUAAUUGUGCAUUUUUGGAGUCAACAUUCCCACGAGAACUCACCAUCUGGGUGGAUCCUAGGGACGUUUCCUUCAGAAUCGGUGAGGAUGGCAGUGUGGGCAUUCUCUUCCAGUCAGAAAACACUUCAUCUCAACUAGCAACUAGUGAUCUCUCCCCCAUUCACCAUAGCAACAAGAACUUAAGCAGUACCCUUAUGUCGUGCAAGGACCAAUUCAUGAAUGCUUUGCCCAGUCUUGCCUCGGAAUCCCUCCACUAUAAGCAGUUUGCUGGCUUUGUGUCAAGCUAGCCUGUUUCCAGGGAUGACUUCUAACUCUCAAUUCAGGGCAAAACAUUUCUCAUUGAUGUGGAUUCCGCUCAUGCUUUACGGACUAUGAUAUUGCCAUUUUUAAUAAAUUUUAGUCUUAAAUCAUGUAUUAUUGUGAUUAUGUUAGGUUCAGUUGGAUGUAGUGCUGUUGUAUUGUGAUAAAUCCUUACGGGCAAUGUGUUAAUAGUACAUGAUUACUUUUACUUGUGACAGCAAUUAUGUUUUUAAUCUUUAUUGCCAUAUGUGAUUCCUACUAUGUUUGGAGUUUUACAUAUUAGCACACAAACCUUACAUUUCAACAUUUUCUUGGCCUGUUGAUGCUCAGGAUGACCAUUUGUAUCAUAUGACUGUGUUUUAAUUGAUGCGCCAAGCGCAUAUAGACUUAUUGUCUUUCAUAUAACAAUAUACCCAUCCUGAUCUCGACUAGGAUUUAGUAUUUAAUAUGUAUGUAUAGAAUGAUAUGUGUAUUUGACCAAAGUUUGGGGAUCUUUGUAUAAAAUCUCUUCCGUGGUGCAAAUAACAAUUAUUUUAAUAUAUAAAAUGUGCAAAAUAAAGAUUAAAAAUAUUAAAAAAUGAAUAUUUA